AUGUUGCCAACUCCUCCAUUUAAAGAAUCGUCUCAUACGACGAUUGAUUUAUCUUUUGUUAAUCCUUCUCCUUCAAGUGGAUCUGAUGCAUAUACUUCUUCUUUGACGGGAAAUAUCGACGGUUAUACAAAAGGUUCUGAUGGACUUGUUCAAAGUGUUCUUCGUAGGCGUGGCUUCGGCUGGAUGUUAGAAGUUGAAACGGAAGAUGCAGAUUUCGACAAGCCUAUUUUGGAGGCCUUAGAUAUAGAUCUUAAAACAAUCGGAAAGAAAAUGAGAGCUGUAAUUUUGCCAUGUGUACGCUCUGGUCUUGAUCCCGCUUCCAUUCGUGAAAAUCCUGACUUUUGGGGUCCACUAGCUGUCGUUAUGUUGUUUUCUCUAGUCUCCCUUUUUGGUCAACUACGAGUUGUUGCCUGGAUUUUAAUGAUAUGGUUGGCGGGAUCUUUUAUCAUUUAUUUCAUUACCCGAUCACUGGGUGGGGAUGUUGCUUAUGCGCAAUGUCUUGGUGUCAUUGGAUACUGCCUCCUCCCACUUUUCCUUACCUGUACAAUUGGUUCCCUAUUUAAUCUCGGAGGCUUCCAUGGAUUUAGCCUUUUUGUUUCUUUUGUUGGGACACUUUGGUCGGCUUACAGUGCCGGUAAAUUACUUUCAAUGGAGAACCUUCAACAUCGCUGCAGUUUGGUCGUUUAUCCUGUCUGUUUAUUAAUAAUGCCUGAUGAGGAGGAAAUUGACUUAGAUGUACUAGUGGAGCUUUUCUACACUUGGCUUUUGGAUAAUAAGGCGCAUGCACUGACUAUCUGUACCUUGCCCGAGCUCGCUUCUAUGUUUUGUGAAGAGAGAAAUACCAAACUAACCGACGAGUUUAUGACACAAUUCCAGAUUGCUACCUAUCGAUUUUUUGAUAAGCUUUCUAGAGUCAGGCCCAUGCCUCGAUUGCUGAAAGUUUUAUCACCCGCCAACUCUAAGAUACAGAACGGUUUGGAGGAGCCUCCAGCAAAUAAUCAUUCUAACGGAGAUGUGGAAAUGAAGAGCAUGUGUAUAACCAAUGGGAAUCAAAGUAAUAACUCCUCGAUAGCUGAUUUAGUGUCUAAUGAAGACCAAGAUGAUAAUGAUGCUGACCGAUUUGAUGAUUGUGACCUUUCUCCUCCCCUAAUCAAAACUCCGAUAUCGAAUGCUCGGCGCAAGAAUUCUAUGACCCAGGAGCCCUUUGCGAUUCCCUUCCUCUCCCCUAAGUUUGAUCCAUUGGAGUGA